AUGGCGGCUUCGGAUCUUGGCGUGCCGAAGCUAGUUGCAGAGCCGAUUGCCCCAUUGAAAACCACUUUGGGAUGGGGAGAUUUGGAGAAUGGUGGAAAGACGAAGACCAGAAAACUUGGGAAAGCUCAACGGCAUGGCCGCCUGCCGCCUGCCGGGACUGAGGGAAGGAGCACCGGCAGAAAAGUAGAAGAUCCAGAGAUGCUUGCAGCAAUUCGAUUGACAAUGCACGGGAAGGAUGCCAAUGUUAAUGCUUUUUUCUUGACACCGUUAUUGAGAAUGGAUGGAAAAGAAAAAAAAAUGCACAUUUUCAUUGACUUUGAUGAUAUACAAUGUCCGAUUUUUUAUAUGGGACAUUUCUCUCUGGGCAUAUUCCACUUGUGUCUUCUUAGCCAGCCACGCCCACCUAACCAACUCCCAUCCAACCUCCAAAACCAACUGUUCGUCAAAUCGUCCGUAACAUUUCUUUUCUCUCCAUCGCCUUCUCCCUCCGACCAAUUCUGUUCCACCGCCGCCGGUGGCAUCCCAUCUCAUUCCCCGUUCAUCCGAUGGCUGGUAAACUCUUCUUCUUGUCGAUCAGCAAUGUCAACGAAGGUUAUCCAAAAUGUUUUUGUAGCACAGAAUAGGCAGAUUGCAACCCACUACCAAAGGGACAGUUCUGCCCCAAAUACCCGCAAAUCGCUUCCCUUUCACGGAGGGAAGUGGGCAUGGACUGGCAUAUCUUCCACGCACACGCACACGCACACAUGGUCAAAAUUCCACAGUGGUUUUGCUAACCGAAGACCUAGUUUCUGCAAUGCUGCUGCAACCACUGCUGUUCCUUCUCUUGACAAAGUGGACUUCUUGAAACUCCAAAAUGGCAGUGAUAUCCGAGGUGUGGCUGUUCCUGGCGUGGAGGGUGAACCUAUUAGUCUCACUGAACCAGUCACAGAAGCAAUAGCUGCUGCAUUUGCUGCAUGGUUGUGCGAGAAGAAAAAAGCUGAUGCAACCAAACCUUUAAGAGUUUCCAUUGGUCAUGAUUCCCGCAUUUCAGCCCAGAAAUUACAGGAUGCAGUUUCUCGAGGCAUUACUGGUGCAGGAUUGGAAGUAAUUCAAUAUGGAUUGGCAUCUACACCAGCAAUGUUUAAUAGCACAAUGACAGAAGACAAAGCAUUUUUCUGUCCAGUUGACGGAGCCAUAAUGAUAACAGCUAGUCAUCUUCCUUUCAACAGGAAUGGGUUCAAAUUUUUCACUAAUGCUGGAGGGCUUGGGAAGCCUGACAUUAAAGACAUAUUAGAUCGAGCAGCAGAAAUAUAUAAAAGCUUUACUGAUGAAAGUUUGUCUCAGUCAAAGAAAAGAGCCUCUGAAUCCGUGAAGAAAGCUGAUUACAUGACUGUUUAUUCCUCUGACCUGGUGAAUGCUGUCCGCAAAGCUGCUGGAAAUAUAGAGAAGCCAUUGGAGGGGUUCCACAUUGUUGUUGAUGCUGGAAAUGGUGCAGGAGGAUUCUUUGCUGCAAAAGUUCUUGAGCCUCUUGGGGCAAUAACUUCUGGGAGUCAGUUCUUAGAGCCGGAUGGUAUGUUCCCUAAUCAUAUUCCCAACCCCGAGGAUAAGGCAGCAAUGAAAGCUAUCACCAAAGCAGUCCUUGAUAACAAAGCUGAUUUGGGGAUCAUCUUUGACACAGAUGUUGACAGAUCUGCUGCCGUGGACUCUACUGGACGCGAGUUGAACCGCAAUCGUUUAAUUGCGCUGAUGUCUGCUAUUGUUCUGGAGGAGAGAAGUUCACGCCUUCAGAAAUCUCUUUUAGGUGGAAAGCACCAUCGGUUCAAAAGAGGCUACAAAAAUGUGAUUGAUGAAGCCAUUCGUCUGAACUCUGUUGGUGAGGAGUCGCAUCUUGCUAUCGAAACCAGUGGACAUGGAGCUCUCAAGGAAAACCACUGGCUUGAUGAUGGUGCAUAUCUCAUGGUCAAACUUCUAAACAAACUUGCCUCGGCCAGAGCAUCCGGAAAUGGGGGUGGCAGCAAAGUUUUGACUGACCUGGUUGAAAGCCUAGAGGAACCUGGAUUUGCAGUGGAACUAAGACUGAAAAUCAAUCAGAAUCAUCCAGAUCUUAAAGGAAGACCAUUCCGGGAGUAUGGGGAGGCAGUUCUGAAGCACUUGGAGGACUAUGUAGUUUCUGACCCUAAGCUUCAGAAAGCUCCAGUCAACUAUGAAGGGUUAACUCUUCAUGUUUAUCCACAGCUCCGAGUUUCUGGUUAUGGUGGAUGGUUCCUUCUCAGGCUCUCUCUUCAUGAUCCUGUCCUUCCUCUCAAUAUUGAGGGACCAACCGACGCUGAUGCUGUAAACCUGGGACUUGCUGUGGCUUCUGCCGUGAAGGAGUUCCCUGCUCUGGACACAUCUGUGCUGGACAAAUUCGUCCAAGCUUCGUAAGUUGCAGGGCUGUUUUCGGUUUCUGGUGCUCGUGACCCACUUUUUUGCUUCUGAGAUGGCGGACGAGAAGUUGCGUUUCGCUUGUAUAUGAACUGCGAAGAUGGAAUAAACACAAAGAUACCAACAUAAUCUUUUAAUGGUUUCACCAAUUUAUGUAAGAACGGACCUUAAUUUUGCUUCUGCAUUGUCCUCCCUUAUCCUCCAUUCUCAACCUUUAUCUGCUUUGGAGUCGGGCAGGUUUUACUGUCAAGUAGAAAUGUCGCUGCAAAACUGGCCAUGAGGUAGGAACUAGGAAAUGCCGAACCAAUCCAGUUAAAACCUAUUUAACCCAAAAUCUAUUCGACCCUUUGGAGCUCUUACAGAACUAUCAUUUUUGUACCUAAACAUUUUGUACCUUAAACCAUACUACCUAGACUUUUACAUAUUAACGGAAAAAUUCACAUCUGAUGUACAAUUUAGUAUCUAAACUGUUGUGGUUCUUACAUUUUAGUAACAUACUUUCAGAAUCUUAUAAUCUGGUCCAGAAAUUAAUUCCAACUAUUAUUUUUCCGAUCGUUUAGGCUUACCCUAUCUGAACCUUGCCCAAGGCUAGAUAAAUAAUCGAAAUACCCCUGUAAACCAGAUCUCCAAGAAUGUCAUUGAGUUCCAACAAACCAUCUAUCUACAAACCCACAUGAGUCCAGCAUCCAACCCCAACACAUUUGCAACCUCUGGUGCCCAUGUUCAGGCCAUCACAAUCAGGUUGCAGUUGCUGAAGCAUUUUACGAUCACGAUACGAGCUACAUUAUGCAACAUAUCUACAUUUAGACAAGUUUCCAUUCCAACGAACGAGUGUACAGAUGACGUAUAUACAAAAAGAGAAGCUGCUGAAAAGGAUCCUUCCUACUUUAAACAUUUUUUUGCUUACCUACACAUAUUUGCGUGUUAUGUAGUUGUAAGGAGAUGCCAAGUGCUAGUUCGUUGUGGAGUUUAGCAGCUUCAUCAUGAAGUUGAAUUGGACAUCUGGGGAAGCUCUAGGGUGAGGCCAGUUUGCACCCUCAGGUACCCUGAUGGACUUGAAACCUCCCCCUCUGUACAGUUUGAUAGCACCAGGAUUCCGCAGAUCACAGUGAAGGGCAACCGCCCGGCAGCCCCAAGUCUUGGCCAAUGCCUCCGCCUUCGCUACAAGCUGUUUUCCUAUCCCCUUGCGCCGGUACCUCUCUCUAACAGCUACAUUUGAUAUGUACGCAAUUCCUGUCCUUCUUCGACGCACUGGGCCUUUUCUAGGAAGGUAAUCGGCAACAGUGUCCAAAGUCAAGAUCCCAGCAACAUAUCCUUUGUUGAGAGUGAACUUGGCAUCAAACCCUCCAAUCUUGAUAUCCUCACUACCAAUGUACAAGGAUUGAUCAAUGGAGCUUCCAACAACAGCCACAAGACAGAUUCUCUUGCAACCAGAAGGCACGGAGAAGCCAAAUAGCAUUCCAACUAGCCUAUCCAGUCUCAGCACGAAAUCCAGUGGGAAGGAGUAAUCAGGGAAGAAGGAGCUGCAGUGAGUCUCUGCCACUUCCCAACAGUCCUCUAUCCUUGCCUCCCUCACCACUAUCUCUGGAGACAGAGUUGGGAACAACUCCACCAUUUGACUGGCUCUGCAUAUUCCUGCAGUUUGGUGACCAGAACCGAACCCAGUGACAUUCCACACCCGCCCAAAAACAAACCAAUAAUAUAGAAUGUGCUAAAACAAGAAUAUAACUUUUGCUCCCAACCUAUUGAACUCAACAACAAUACAUAACAAUUACAGCAAGGCCAGCCCUAAAAGAACUAUGUACAAGGAACUGGGGUUUGAUAGACAUAAGCAUCCGAAAGUCAUAUGCUCUCAACAUUGAACACAAAAACGGCCAGAUUAUCCAAACGCAUGGAAUUACAGAUAUAUACACAAUACAAAGGUAAAGCAAGUAAACAACAAUGGCAAUUGGCAAGCUCAAUUCUGUCCAGCACUAGCUCAACCUGAGAUCAAUGCCCAAAGUAGCAAUCUGAAAACUGAUCAAAGCUAUCCCGUAUGGGUUAAGUAGAGGCGAAAUUCACCAAUUCGAAACAAGAGAAAAAGGAGGGAUCUUUGGAACAGAAAGCAGCAUAAACCUCGCAAUUGACAUCGAACCCACGACAAGAAAACAGAAACAGGAAAAGGGCAAGCAUCAAAAUCUGCUCUUGUGAAUUAUGAAGAACAGAAACCCACCUGAUUUGGGAGGAGCAUGGAGGAAAAUAGAGGAGUGAUGGUUAGGACGCUUGAGCGUGAGAGCGGGAUUAGGAUCGAGGGAAGAGGUGAGAGGAAGAGAGAUUC